AUGUCAGAUGUCAUGGGACUUUCAACACCCACCUCUAGUGCAACUCUCAUACAGAAACUCAAUACUACAACCCAAUCGCUCGACUCUUCCUCCUCUUUCCCACAACUUCUGACAUCCCCACUUCGUGUCUUUCAACACGCCGAGACCUUUGCCUUCCGAACAGUCCCCCAAACAAUCGUCAGAGUAACCGGAUUACAAGCCUUAUCACGGAACAUCUGGGGUGGUUUAACAGGUGGAGCCGGUGGUGCGGCUGCAACACAUGCAGCAGAUAUGGCGGCGAAUGAGCUCGCCGAUGCGGCCGGCCAGGAGAGCGGCUACUAUCUUGCCGAGUUCUUAGAAACUGUCAAGAAGCUCGGUGGACUCUUCAGUUACUUGACCAGUCUUUGGUCAUUUGCCUGCCUAGUGGAGGCCCUCAUCCUAAAUCGAAUCACUAUCUAUGCAUCCACCCGACGACACCUCCGACUGGGCUGGGAAAGGCGCGCGGCUCUCCGAUUGAUUCCGAUAUUACUGUUCGCCUCCCAGAUUCUUAGCUUGCUUCGUGGCAUUCGCUGUCAGACAUCGCCAUCCUUUUCGAGUACGCGCUACGGACAACCUGGGAAGCAGCUUCCAUUCGAUUAUGUCAGUAAUGGGGGCAUUCUUUACUCCCUGAGCUCGACUUUCCUAGGAUGGGAAUCUGAGGAGCGGUCGUGCAGUGCUGUCAAAAUGGCGCGCGGCACCACCCCUGAUAUCCCAUACGGUUCAUUCUCUCUCUUGUGGCCGACGUUCUUGAUCCUUUGCUUAAGCCACUUCGUCGAAACACUCUCAUGUGCCUUACAGGGCAGGCCUGCGAUGACCGAGACGGGAAUGUCUAUCUUUGAACACUCGAUCGCCUUUGCGGAAGCCGAGUCGAUGAUCAGUAAAUCCAUCGGACUAGGCCUGUUUGGUCUUCCAUCGAAAAACCCGCUCAGUACGCUUUCGGCUGACUCGGAGGAGGGCUCAACUUCGGUACUCCAACUCCUCACGCGCUCGCAGGUCUUGGAGCGCAUGAAUGUGACGCCAGAACUGCUACUUAUUGCAUUAAUCUCGUGCUGCAACAGUUUGACUUCCCACUUGUUAGAGGUCUUCGGCAAGCAGAGCAGGUAUCGGCUGUUCAAUACCGCCUUCUGGGGUGGCUGCUUCAUGGCAGCCAUGUUAUGGGGCCUAGAAGGCGGUCCGCCUAUCAGCAUCGAAACCGGCGUACUCAGGUUCCCGACCGUGUGCAUCGUGGGAUUCAUCCCUCACAUUUUCUUGCUAGGCGGCAUCGUGAUAUGUUUGUCGAUUUACGGCUUAGCACUCACGAUAACCGCUGUUUCCUUACCUACAGAGGAUCAACCCGUCUCGCUCUAUGACCGAUUCCUGAUGGCCCAUGAGAACAUGCAGGGCUCCAACCAAAUAAGGAGCAUUCGCGUCAACAGGCAUGAGGACUUUUAUACGACAUUGCUUCGAAUCGGUUACGUCGCUUUAACUGCGGCAAGCGAGGCGGUCUUCUUGAAUGAGGGCAAAGCUGUCGUUGCGCGUCAAAUGACUUGGCUAGAAGAGGACCGGCUCACUGAAAUUGAAGCUUCGAGGAAAAGGUCCUCGUCCUUUGGAGGCUGGGAGAGCGAAUCACACAGUCGACCUAUUGAGGCCAUGGGUUUCUCAAGUUUCGACAUCCCAGACCAAGCUGGCGACUGGCAAAGUGGCUACAGCCGUGAGAAGAAAUUCGAGAAACCGAAGAACGGUUCUCGCGCCGUGCGCUCUCCAGCUGAGCUUGGGGGCGUUGGUGCAGUCAGAGUGUCUAUCCGAAUGUGGCAUGUUCUCUCGUUCUUCCGCUCAAUUUCCAUGCUGGUCAUUCGAUGGAUUGCAUUCGGACUUUGCAGCGCUCUUGAUCGACUGGGCAUCAGUGCUCGCCCAAUGUGGCUCAAACGCUUGGUUGGUCAUCAUCGACGGCUGUCUAGUACGAGUACGAUAACCCCAGCACAGCCGUUGGACUUCUGGAUCCUCGCGGACAACGGAGAUCUUGUGCUCCCAGAGAACCAUGACUUUGACGUCGAGUCCGAGAUGAGAAAGCGAGCAAACGCCAAUCGACCAGAAUGGAUGGGCCCGGAUGAGAACCUGCUGGACGACAGACUGUACAGCUGGUGGAAAAUCGGUGGUGCGUGGGGAAACCAAGAUAACACCUCGGACUAUCACCCAUCAACCUCCGACGACUUCGACACCACCAGCGUCAUUUCGAUGUCUACCGAUGCCUCAGGAUCCGAAUGGGAGGAUUACCCAAUCGAAGACGGCCGCCGGACUCCAACCCAGCUCGAACCAUACGCAGACAGAGAAAGCACACCAGCCCAAGACCCUCUAAUCGACAUGAGCACACUCUCCCGCCUCCUCGAUCCCCGCGACUCCGAAAGCAGAGAAGAAGCCAGGAUCCUAGCCGCGCAUCUGAAACCAGACGGCCCACAGAUAAUGACACGCAGUCGCUACCAGAAGCAACUCGAACGAGAGCGAUCCCGAAUCAUCUUCUCGUCCCGCCUGCACCAGAUAAACGUCCAGUCGGGGUCCGGGACCCGUAAACCCACCGCGGAAGAGGAAUCCGAAAUCCUCGAGAAGCUCAUCCUCUCCCGUCGCGCUGAGACAUCCGGUAGUGCCGGUCCUAAUACUUGGGAAUCUGGCGCUGAAGGUCUUGGCCCGAAUGGUCCUCCUUGUGUUGUCUGUCAGACGAGUCCGCGGGCCAUCAUUACCUGGCCCUGUCGCUGUCUGUGCAUUUGCGAGGACUGUCGCGUCAGUCUUGCUAUGAACAAUUUCGGGAGCUGUGUCACUUGUCGUCAGGAUGUUGGUGGGUUUAUGCGAUUAUGGGUUCCUUGA